AUGGAGGCUGCUAAAGAAAGCCCGGUGAAGACCCAAAUCCAGGACCAAGGCACCUCAGUUGUGUUAAAGGGUAACACGAGUUCAAAUACAGUUCUUGCCUCAUUAGACAACAAGAAGAAACAAAAAAGGUACUUCCCAACUGAGUCUGUGAAGAUCCUCCGUGACUGGCUGUGUGAUCACCAGCUAAAGCCCUAUCCUUCAGAAGCCGAGAAGCUAAUGCUGUCGGAGCAGACCAAUUUGUCUUUCCUGCAGGUUUCCAACUGGUUUGUCAAUGCCCGUAGACGCAUUCUUCCAGCAAUGCUUCAGCAGAAUGGAAACGACCCCCACCAGAUAAUCUUGUACCACCAAAAAGGCAAGGCUGCUAAUGCGACUCACCUGCAGAGCACCCAUCUAUCUACGCAGGCCACCUCAGGCCCAGAGAUCCAGACAAGAUGCAAUGCUCACCGGGGAGCCCCCACCCAAUGGGCCAGGAGUCAGAGGAAAAGCAGCAAGAUCUAG